UGAGUUGACACUGACAUUGAGACAAGAAAUUGAAAUUGUUAUCAAAGGUAGUUUUGUUUGGGAUUGGGUCAUCUCCAAUGCCGUGCCUUGCCCUGAAACUGAGCAUGGCGGUACCCAGUUAUGCCCACAAACGGGUAUGGGUCCGGACCAUCACUCCCACAACCACUAUCACCAACCCUUUAACAACGACAACUACUAUUGCUGCCUCGUCGUCUUCUUCUUCAUCUUCUCUCUUAAGAAGAGAAUCAGUUUUCAAGCUCUUUUCUUCUUCUUCUUCGUCUUCACUCUCCUUAUAUAGAGAUAGAGAUAAGCAUAGAGAUAGUGAGAGAGUAGUACUAACGGCUGCUAUUUAUAGGAACCAAUGGAGGAUAUCCCCUUCUUAUCCCUGCGCACCCUCAGCGCACGAUAGCAAAUCUUCGCCGCAAUCCUUAGGGUUCUCUUUUCACCACAAAUGCUUCUCCCUCUUUCCUUCUUCUUCUUCGUCUUCGAUUAGCUCUGGUUCUACUUCCGAGGACGAUAUUAAACAAGGGUUUUCUGGGUCAUCUUCUUUUGAGUCCGGGUCUGAGGUUCUUUAUUCCGAAAUGGGUUCGGAGGACAAGGACCACCACCGCCAAGAUUGGUCCGCCGGAGAAUCCAACGGGAAACAAUCGCAACAACAACAACAACGACUCUCGAAUAAAUUUCUCACCUUGCCCACUAUUCUAACCCUAGGUCGAGUCGCCGCAGUUCCACUUCUCAUUAGCACUUUCUACGUAGAUAGUUGGUGGGGAACAACUGCCACAACAAGUAUCUUCAUUGCUGCAGCAAUUACUGAUUGGCUUGAUGGUUAUAUUGCUCGGAAGAUGAGGUUAGGAUCAGCAUUUGGUGCUUUUCUAGAUCCAGUUGCUGAUAAGCUCAUGGUUGCUGCCACUCUGGUCUUAUUAUGCACGAGGCCCUUGGACAUUGGUAUAUUUGGGCAAGUUCCAUGGCUACUGACUGUUCCUGCAAUUGCUAUUAUUGGUAGAGAGAUAACCAUGUCUGCAGUUAGAGAAUGGGCAGCUUCUCAGAAUACCAAGCUUUUAGAGGCUGUUGCUGUAAAUAACUUGGGAAAGUGGAAAACAGCCACACAGAUGACUGCUCUAACUAUCCUCCUUGCCCUUCGAGACAGCAGCCUUGGAGGGCCAGGAAUUUUUGUAGCUACUGGUGUUGCUUUGCUUUAUAUCUCAGCAGGACUUGCUGUUUGGUCCUUGGUUGUGUAUAUGAGCAAGAUAUGGAGAGUGCUGCUGAAGUAGAACACCGAGCCGAAUGUUUUUGCAUUAUCUGAUAUACAUAUAUAUAUCUAAGUACCUUCUUCUCAUUGGGGCUUUACUUUUAACACUCCCUAGAUGACCCUUUGAUCCACUUUCACUCAUUUGAGCUGCUUCCUCAGGUAUGAUGGAAGGUUAAGCUGUUUUUGGCUAAAGUUAUACAUAUGGGAACAGUUUAGGUUCAAUCAUCAAUGGUUUGGGAGAAAAUGUUGGGAUGUAGAUGUUGAUAUAAGGUUUCCCAAUGACAAGUCACUACUCGGUAGAAUCGACUUUGGUUUUUCCAUUCUUUUGGAGGAUCAUGGAUCUUUGAAGACGAGGUUGGAUGAUGUAGCAUUAAUAUUUAUUGCUAUUGCAGUCUUGGUAUUGGAACUGCAACAUUUUAUUUAUUUAUUACUACUAUUCACACAGAAUCAAGAUUUGGGAUUAGAAAUUUUUCAGUGUAAAAUAAAUACUACAAACGGUUUAAAGAUGACAACAGCCUUUAGACCCUCUUGUCCUCGUGUCGUUGCUGGUAUAUUUAUUGUAUUGCAUAAGAUAAAAGUUCUUUAUGGUGUAGUUAUUUUUUCCUCUUUU